UUAUGUACUCAUUUUAUUCAAAUACACAAGAAGAGAGCAACUGAAAAGAAAAAAGUUGAAAUAAGAAAAUGGAAGCAGGCAAAUGUGUGAGAGUCCCUCUGGGCGCUCUAGUUAUGGGCGUACUCAUAUUGGGGCUGUUUCUAGUGCAGACUCCGGUAGAGGCUAAGAGCUGUUGUAAGAGCACCGUGGGAAGAAACUGCUAUAACGCUUGCCGUUUAAGAUUUGCCAGGCAAGUUUGUGCAUCAACCUGUAGCUGCAAAAUUGUUGGAGGAAACAGGUGCCCCCCUGGUUACCCUAAAUUAAGCGGUUUUCUAAACUCGGAGGAGUUUGAAGACAAAGCCGUGGAGGAGGCAAAUCUAAUCAAUGAGUACUGCAAGUUGGGGUGUGUAGCUUCCGAGUGUGAUAACAAAAUUACUACUCUCCAAAAGUCCGAGGAAGAGGUGGAAAGAUGUAACAAUGCAUGCUUGGAGCUCUGCAACAAGAAUUCCAAUAUUGUAGCUGUUACGGCUUAAAGAGACACACAUGAGAGCAUGGAGUCAUGGAGAUACCAUGUCCAAGUCAAAGAGAAGCUGGCCUAGCUAAUUAUAUGUCUUAAUUGUUGCCUUUCUAUUUUGAAUUAUUGUCGUGUGAGAGUGUUGCACAUAUUUAUGUUUCUCAUAAUUGUCGUAUGUGGCUGAAGUGCCUUACAAUUUAAGUUGUAUUGCACCCUCUAAUAGUUUGCUAUAACAAAUAAAAUCGUCAUGCAUGUAUGACGAAGAAAAUAAUUACACUACAGUGAGCAAGUAUCAAUAUUACUAUUAAUAGUAGGAAUUA